AUGAGUGAUUCCUCCAGCAAUAAAAAGAACGACGAGUGCUACAAGUAAGCUUGUUUUGGCUCUUUUUUGCUAACAAAUUGGUAAUUUUUACAGCACUGUGGCCAUAACAAACAAUGUGGAAGCUCUGGAAUUUGGAAGGACAUGCCAGUCGUGUGCCGCUGGUGUAGCCGCCGGUAAGAAAAAGCGUUUUUUCAUUCUUGUUAGUUUCUCUUCAGGAAUCCUCGGACUGACUGGCUUCUACGGUUUCGGUCUCUACUUUGUUUCCGUCUUGAUCCAAGCAGCUAUAUGGAACAUGAAAGCUCAAGGAAACUGGCUGAGCUACUUCCCGGAGCGAAACUCUUUGACCUGGUCGCACGGAAACGGACUCCUUACUUUCGUCCUUCUCUGGGUAUUCUUCUACGGAAUGGUUCAUGUAUACUGAUUUGAUAAUGCUUCCCAUUGACAUUCCUCUCUUGUAUUAUUUAUUCUUCUUCAAUCAAACAUCUUUUCUGUACUAGAACCCCAAAGAUUAUAUACUUUUUCCUAUUCGACAGAUAAUAAAUGACUGAAGCUUUAUACAGUUUUCCGUUUCGGAACUGUUUCCACAGUGAACAAAAUAUAUUGACUUCGAUUAUUCUGACCGCCUCAUCCGUUUUUUUUUGAAGAUGUUGUCUCUCGUUCGACAGUCGAUGACAUCCACUGGGUGCAACAUGCUUCGACCAGUGGCGGCCGAAGUUGUUCAAACCAGAGGUAAAAAUAACUAAACAUUUGUUCAGAAAACACUUUUUUAAUAUUCAGGUCGAAAAAGGGCCCUGAAACAGACGAUUACACGUCAGCAGAAACUGGAAAGGCGAAUGAAGCGAGAGGAGAAGGAGGCGGCAAGAAAGCAGUAUUCCUUUAUGGAAAAGAUCAACAUCCGGAGAAUGAAGAACUUGCUUUCACCUUCUCAGCAAUUUCCCGGUCGGCUCAAUCUCGACGAAGAAACAAAUCUUCCCGAAAAGCCGUCACUCGACGUCUUCAUCAAGUUUGUGAAAUUCAAGAAGGAAUCCAAUUCAUCAGUCCUCUCAUUUACAGAUCUCACUUCAAAACACAGUACUACACAGUCUCUGAGGCUCUCGAAAUGCACCGUGAACUUCAAAGUCCCGCCAUUUACAACAACCCGAACGCCCCGAUUCGAUUGCGUCUCGAGCUGAACAUGACAACUGAAAAACAGACGAAAAUGGUGACCGGUAGUGACGAGAUUGUUCCCGUGCCGUUUCCGUUCAAUCACAACGAGAAAAGAACCAUUUUGGCGUUUGCGAACGAUUUGAAACUGCAAGAAUUGGCCGUAGAGUCAGGAGCGGAAAUUGCUCUCGGACAGGACACAAUCAAGAAAAUCAUCAAAGGUCAGUUCCGAACCGACGACUACGAUUUCUGCGUUUCGCACACCGACAUGGGAUCUUCGAUUCUGCCGCUUCGUGGAAUUCUGAAAACACGAUUCCCGACGAGAGCAAACGGAGGACUUGGAGACAAUCUUCCAGAAUUGAUUGAAAAGUUCAAGAACGGAGUAAAACUGAACAUCAAAGCAGAUCCGGUUUACCCCAUCUGGGGACUCAGUGACUGCGUCGUCGGAAGAUUGUCAAUGCCAAACGAAGAGAUCGAACAGAACAUUGCGACGGUAAUUGCUGCGACGUGCACUCAUCGGAAUCCCGCCCUCGGCUCAUUCAUCAAUCGAGCACUUUUGAUGACAAUUCCGGGCGAGGAGAACUACGCGAUCGACGUGAAACCGUGGCUGCCAGUGCCAACUGAAGAAGAGAUCGAAAAGGUUUGUUAGAAUUCCUUUUUCACAUGUUUCCAUAGCGAAAAAACACAAAGCAUCUUUUUGGCAAACGUUCCGUUGUUUGCAGAUUGAAAAGAGAAAGAACAAAAAGAAGAAGAAGGACGAGAAGAAGACCGAGGAAAGUGACGAGGCCCCCGCCGUCGCCGCCGCAGCUCUUUGA